AUGUCGACCGCCCGUCCGCAAGCUCCGCCCCCGCCGGCUCCGAAGCCCGGAAGAGUGAAAGUGUACAGAGCUCUCUACGACUUCCAGGCCAGAUCUGUGAGCUAUUCCAUGUCCCGCUCAUUUCGGCCAUCUCUUUUUUGCAGGACCAAGAACUGACGCUCAGCGAGGGUGAUCUGAUGUACGUGAGUGACGAGCAGCCGAACAAAGACUGGUUCGAAGCGAGCAUCGGAGGCAAAAAGGGCCUUGUGCCCGCCAAUUACGGUAAGAAGGAUUACUGGGGAGAAAGCAACGCUUCCCUUCUUUUCAGUGAUCAGCGAGAACGUGGAAGAGCUGCCGAAUCCGCUGCACGAGGCGGCGCGACGUGGCAAUCUGGACAUGCUGAACGAGUGCCUCCGCGAGCGAGUGUCGGUCAAUUCGCUCGACAAGUCGGGAGCCACGCCCCUUUAUUGGGCGGCGCACGGAGGACACGUGGCGGCUGUCGACGCGCUGCUCAAAGACAGCAAAGUGGCCGUUUCGGUGCAGAACAAGCUCGGCGACACGCCGCUUCAUGCGGCCGCCUACAAGGGCCACGCGGAGUGCGUUCGGCUCCUGCUCGCCGCCGCCGCUAAUCCGUUCGUUCGGAACCAGGACCAAAAACUGCCAAUUGAUGUGACGAAAGUGAGUGGGCACCGGAAAAUAUCCGAAAGCCGCGUGAAUUGCAGGACGCCGACGUGGCCGCUCUUUUGGACAAAGCGAUGAAAGAGAAUCGGGUGAACGAGGCGGAAUAUGCGGAAUAUCUGGAGGACUCUGACGCCGAUUAA